AUUCUUGUGUGUUUAUUUGGUGAAUGAAGUGCAUGUGUUUUUAAUUCAUUUCAUGAUUAAGAGUACUUGUAUAAAUGAUUUGCACAUCCUAUCAAUCCUUGCUGAGCAGAGAGUUAUGGGGUGUGCAUAUGUUUUCAAACUGAAUAAAGAGAGCCUAAUAACAACAUGAGAAAACUCCACAUCGAGCACUCUACAAUCUGAAGGUCUGCAGCAAACACGAGGCUGGUGGAUUGUGGGGGCUCCGGUCCUGUGUCUCUGGAGACCUUUGUUACAUUCGGUGAGAUCGCACACUCCCAUAUUAAUACAUCAUCGUCAAUAUUUGCCAAGAGGAUAUAUAUUGUUGGUUUAAAAGUGGGAAUGACUCAUUUAGGAAUAAUCGCUGCCAAAUUGACAACAAUUUAGAAGGCGUUUAAAUCUCAAAAUGGACUGGAAGGUAAAAGAAGAAUAUCUCUUAAUCCUCUGCUUGUUUGCUUCUGUCUGCAUGAUAUCAAACGCACACGUUGAUGUGCUAACCGAAAAUCCCAAGCCAGUGAAAGUGGGUGAAAAGGUAACUUUAACUUGCACGCUGCAAAAAAAGGAUUAUAAAGCUAGGUUAGUAACAUGGAAAAGGACUAUAAAAGACAAAGAUGUCACUCUGGGCACGUUCUCUGCUGUGAAUAGAGAAAUGAUCGUAAAUCAGUAUAAAGACAUUUUGAGUAUCACCACUCCAGGCCUUUAUAGCACGGCCAUCACAAUAUGGAAAGCCACACUCGGUGAUGAAGGAAAUUACAAAUGCCUUUUCAGUGUUUUUGGAGCUUCAUUAAUGGAGAAAAACAUCUUUCUUUCUGUGUACGAGCCUGUAAAAGGAUCACUAACAAAAUACAACGAGACAUCUAACUCCUUCACGGUUAUGUGUGUCACAUCUAGUUGGCCUGUUGCGGAAGUAUCUUGGUUUGGAGUAGGAACGAAUAAUAAAAAUGGAACCCACAUGGAGGCAACAAACGGAACAGCAACUCUUACAAAAUGGAUAGUUCUGGACGCUAAAAGCAAAAGUGAAGUAACCGAAAAACUAGAGUGCAGAGUCCAUCAUAUGGGGAAUAAUACCAUAUUUAAACUACCACAUGUGCUAGCUGAAAAUCCAAAGCCAGUGAAAGUGGGUGAAAAGGUAACCUUAACAUGCACGCUGCAAGCAUCUGAUUAUAAAGCUAGACUUGUAACAUGGAAAAGGACUAUAAAAGACAAAGAUGUCACUCUGGGCACGUUCUCUGCUGUGAAUAGAGAAAUGAUUGUAAAUCAGUAUAAAGACAUUUUGAAUAUCACCACUCCAGGCCUUUAUAGCACGGCCAUCACAAUAUGGAAAGCCACAACCAGUGAUGAAGGAAAUUACAAAUGCCUUUUCAGUAUCGUUGGAAAUCCAUCAUUAGAAAAACAAAUUUUUGUUUCUGUGUACGAGCCUGUGAAGGGAUCGCUAACGAAAUACAAUGAAACAACUGAUUCCUUCAUGGCUAUGUGUGUUACAUCUAGUUGGCCUGUUGCCGAAGUAUCUUGGUUUGGAGUGGGAAUGAACAAUAAAAAUGGCACCCACAUGGAGACAAUAAAUGGAACAGCAACUCUUACAAACUGGAUAGUUCUGGACACUAAAAACAAAGGAAAACUGGAGUGCAGAGUCCAUCAUAUGGGGAAUAUUAACACAUUUAAACUACCACUCCCUUCUCGGAGUAUUCGUCUUCAUCCAUGCUUCUGCUUUGAGAUCUUUUUGGGCCUACUCAUCUACUUUUGAUUCGAGUUAUUGUAUCUACUCUUCUGUAUCUGUGCUUCUGACUGGAGUCCUUGCUGGAGCUACCUGUCUAUCAGGAGGCAUAUAGCUGGAGUCCUACUUUGGCUAUUCAACAACUACUGAGUGCCUCGUGUUUUAUUUUUUUUUGUUACACAUUCUGUUAACUGGAUUGUACCAGCUUUAUCCAAAGCAUAAGCUUUGAUUUUACUUCUAAAUACAUCUAACAAGCUUUUCCCAAGAGCUCUCAAGAUAACUUUAAAGAGCACUAUAAAUAUAAUAAUUUCUGAUUGUGUAUCUACAAAUCUGUAAAGUCAAGAGGACUUAUAUUCUACUGAUCCACUACUACCAGCCAUGAUGAUGUCUGCAUGCCAUCCCCUCUUGAAUUAGGUCAAGAUUUCCACUAAUUCCAGGAGGACAUGAUCAUGAAGCCCACACGUAUAAAUUUGGAUUCAACAUUACAACUUGGCGUGGCAUUUUCAGGACAGACUGGUCAAUGGGCUGACUAUUGGAAUCCUUAUCGACUAUCUAGUAGAUUUGGAACACUAUAAAUAUAUUAUAUAGCAAUACAACUGAUCUCCUGCUAAUGGCAGUAACUUUUCAAGAUAUUGAAUAUUCUACAAUUGUGUCAAGAACCUACUGUAUUUAUUUUGUCAGUUUUUGAUUUUGUUGUCUAUAUAAAGACAAACAUCUGUAAUGAGAGGCUUUACUCUGUCUGAUAAAAUAUAGCUCUGAUAUGUCACAUCUGUUGAUUGCUCUCUUUAUAUUCUUGAAAGAGCCUUUCAACGCCUCGGAUAUUUUAAAGAUUUAUUAGUCACAUUAGCUUUAGCAAUUUGAAAACUGUUACUGUCCAUUAUUUGAAGUUGGAUACCAAUAUUAAGUGAUUUCAAUUUUAUUUGUACACAAGUUUCCAAGCUUUAUAUAAGUUACCAAACAUUAUAAAAAGAAAUCUUAUUUUA